AAAUGAUUAAAUAGAGCAGAUCAAAAGAAUAAUCACUUGGUAAAUUGGUAUUUAAUUUAAACAUAAUAUUUAGAUGAAAAUUUAUGUUGCAUAAAUGCUUUUAAAUUCAGGUGUAAGUAGUUGUUAAGAACAGGGAAUUAAUCUUCUGGUUGAAUUUUUCAUAAAAAGUAUUUAAAUAAUAAUAUAUAAUAAGUAAUUAGAAAAGUGGGUUCAAAUUCAAGAAGAUUAUAUGAAUUAUAAGGUAGAUAAGAAGGUGAUAUUUUUCAUGUUUUAUUGGCAUUAGAUUAAUUGAGUAUAACUUGUACUUCUAUGUUGUAACAUUUCAAAAAGAAUAAUAACAAUAGUGAUUUAUCAUUAAAUAGAUUACUUACUUAAAUUAUGGAGUCAGUGUAUAAAGAAAAAUAUAACUCAUAAGAAAUAGAUGAACAGAAUAAUUUAAGAUAAAGAUGUUAAUUAUCGAUAUCUUCAUUAAUACAACCAUAAUCUAAUAAUUGUUCAUUAAAUACUUUAUUAUAUGCUCCAGUUAUUUUUAAGAAUGAAAAGGUUUAAAAAUAAAAGAAGGAAUUAACUGAAAAGUAAUUAAAAGAGGAAAAAAGAAAAUAUCAAUAUCAAUUUGAUGAAGAUUAAUUUUAGAAACAAUUAGGAAAGAAUAAAUAAAAAGAACGUAAAUAAGAACUUGACUUAAAUCCAUAUAAUGCUCCACUUAAACGCAAAUAAGCUAUAAAGGCUUUAGAUUAAAUGUUAUGAAUAUGUC